AUGUAAAUUCUUUUUACGCCAGGACCUCUCUUGACAACCAAAACUGUCAAAGAAGCUGCUCUAGUAGAUAUGGGUUCAAGAGAUCCCAAAUUUGUUUAGAUUAUUCAAAACAUACGAUCCACCUUGUUGAAACUAUCGAAUGUAGAGGAAAAGGAUUACACAGCAGUACUUCUCUAAGGAAGUGGUACCUAUGCAAUUGAAGCUACAUUUCACACUGUCUUAAAAAGAGAAACCGAUAAGUAAUUCAUAUCAUUAUAGAACUUAGAGUACUUGUAGUCUCUAAUGGAGCAUACGGGGAGAGAUAAGCCAAGAUCUUGACUGCAAUAAAUAAGAAAUUUGUUAAGCUCACCUAUGACGAAAACCAAAAAUGCUUAGUAGAAGAUAUCAUUAAAGCCAUCGAAGAGGAUCCAACCAUCACUCAUUUGAGUAUGGUACACUCUGAAACAACCUCAGGAAUCAUCAAUGACAUCGACUUUGUUCACAGAUUGAGUAGAAGAGUCGUAUUCAUUUUGGAUGCUGUCAGUUCAUUUGGAGCUUAUGAAAUUCCAGUUUCCAAAUUAAACAUAGAUUUCUUGAUUUCCACAAGCAACAAAAAUAUUCAAGGAUUACCUGGGUUCGCCUUUGUCAUUGCAAAUAAAUCAAUCCUGACUUAAUGCAAAGGCAAUGCUGCUUCUUUAGUGCUCGACCUCUAUGAUUAAGAAGAAUACAUGCUUAAAACUUAAUAAUUCAGAUUCACCCCUCCCACUCAUGUAUUGAGAUGUUUCGAAUGCGCACUUAAAGAGUUUGAGGAAGAAGGCAGUAUCAAAGGAAGAUAAAAGAGAUACACAGAAUUAUAAUAAUAUUUAUCUUAACAGAUGCAAAGCUUAGGUUUUAAAUUAUUUGUCGACCCCAAAGACUAAGGCUGCAUUAUUACUACAUUCCUCUUUCCAAAGGAUCCUAAUUUUAAUUUUAACUGUAUUAGAUUAUUCAUAAUGAAUAGAAUUUUAUGAUUACUUGGCAGCUAAAAAUCUAAUUAUUUAUCCAGGCAAAAUGACUAAAGCAGAAACCUUUAGAGUUGGAUCUAUCGGGGCCUUAACUAUGGAGAAUAUGCAUUAAUUAAUUGAAGCCAUUAAAGCAUUUAUUGCCGAAACAAAUUUAUAAGUUUAAUGAGAAAUAAAAAGAGU